AUUGUCCAUCAGACUAACGUAGCUAGCUCAUCUCCUGGCUUACAUGCAUAUCCAUAAAUCAAAUGAGAUUCUUUUUCUAGUGGCCCAUACGGGUCCGUUCUAGCCUCCUCCCCCCACAACGACUAUGCUUUUACACUGCAGAUGAUCAGUACAUCAUUGCCUAUUCAUCUCCCUUUAUACCCGGUGGUUGUCCAGCGUAUCAGCGUUGAUUUGGUGCUGGCGCCCUCGAAAUGUCGUUUUUCUGGCUCAAGAGCUCGGCAAAACCGGCUCCAAAAGAUAAGCCACGCAUCAUUUCUUCCUUAGGAUCCCGAACAAUUCAAGUCCAGAACAAUCAAGUAAUAAAAUCAGGGGCCACGCUGUACGGUCAUGAAGUGAACAACAUGAGGUUUAUCGCUGAGCAUACCAGCAUUCCUGUUCCUGAAGUUCACAAGAUUGAAACCGACCAGGAUGGCAAGGUCCUUAAAAUACACAUGGACUAUAUGCCAGGAACGCCAUUGGACGAAGCAUGGAGUACUAUGACUCAAGUCGAAAAGCGAUCGGUGGCAGAAGACCUUCUUAAAUACGUACACGAAAUGCGAUCACUGAAAGGUAACUACAUUGGAGCUGCAGACCGUGGCCAGGCAGUGAUUGGUCAACAUGUUUUCCAUGGUGGUGGUCCGUUCGGCACAGAACGCGAGUUUAAUCAAUUUAUGUUCUCCAAGAUCAUAUCCAAGGUUCCCGAUGCGUUCAAGUACCAUGCAGCAAGGGUAUUCAAAGAGAACCAUGAGAUUGUCUUCACCCACAGUGACUUGGCCCCCAGGAAUAUACUGGUCAAAGAUGGCCAUGUUACCGGUAUUCUGGACUGGGAGCAUUCCGGGUGGUAUCCAGAAUAUUGGGAGUAUGAAAGGGCGUAUCGGCAUUUUAAUGAUGUGCCUGGGUGGCUAGAUUAUGUUGAUCUCUUUUUACCCUGGAAGUACUCUGAAGAGAUAGUGGCGAUGUCAUAUUUAUCUAAAUACAGCCGUUGA